AUGCUCAGUCGGAGUGAUCCAAGCUGGCGCGCCGUGAUCCCAGGAAGGGAGAACGACGAAGACGACGACUUCGCGCGAACGUCGACGAGCGAAGAGGACGAUGAGUACGUCACCGAUAUCGAGGAGGGUGACGGAGAGCGAAGACUCCGCGCGGGCGAUGCCAGCGCUUCGGACGAGGACGAGGACGAUGGUGCGUUUCAAGACGCGAGAGACACGCUCGGUCCAGGCGUUACGGGACGCGAAGCCGCCAUCACGACCGGGUUGCUCGAGAAGAGUUCUCCAAAGUUAGCGAGUUCAAGAAGUGGGUGGAGCAGAACGUGGGAAAAUAGUAGCCGCGGACGGCGUAAGAGGUCAAGUAAAUCAUCCAAAGACGAGCUUCGUCGCAAGGCUGAGCGACGAGCGUAUAAACCGGUAACAUUUACGCUGCUACUUCGUCUGUGCGGUCUGUACACUGCGUUUGGGGUGUUGGUACUAUGCUAUGUCAUCAUGACAUCGCUUGGCCCUUUUCUCAAUCCCACGGGCGAGGUGUUGGAGCUCAACGUGUUGGAGAACGUUGUUUGGAUGAUCAUAUCUGUUGCGACGUUCCUUGCCAUACCCUCGUGCUUGGCACACAUCACCGGGUACUUGACCUGGCCUCCCGUGUGGCUCGAAGCCUUUCCAGACCGGGCGAAAAUACUCGAAGAGUUGGGUGGUAAAAUUUACUUUAGGUUUCACGUCUCUCGAGAAGCGAAGCCUCUGGCGGUGAAACGAGCCGUCGAUGUCGCCAUCGAAAUUUUGCAGCGGUCAAUCCCGACGACUCUCUUCGUCGUUGAAGUCGUUAGCUACAAAGAGAUUGGCAUCUCCGGCGCCGCGGUGAACGAGCUCAUCGUGCCACUUGAGAUGAACGAUCGUUUCCAAGGAAACACUGGCCUGUUGAGUUACGCGACGCGCGCAAGUUCGGCAAGUUGGGGUGAUUGGGUCGUGCACAUGGGCUCAGAUGCGCUAUUGAACGUGCGCGCGGUCGACGCUGUGCUCGCACACUGCGCUCGUGAGACGCGUCUCGCCGCGCUGUCGGGUAGAGGAGAUACGCACGUUCGUCGGCUUGCGCAAGGUGCCGUUUUGCCAGGAAUUACGAGAACGUCAAACUCUCUCAUCGAUGGCGUCGAGAGCGCGUUUCAGUGGAUUCCGGCAAUGGCUGAGUGUAUUCGCGCCGGCGAGUCGUAUGGCGCGUUGCGAAUGAUGUACGCCAAAUACUCGCGCGUUGUGGCUCCGAUACCAAACACGUAUUUGGUAGUCCCAAAUGAGCUCGAGCUCGCGGUUGGUUUUGGAGACAUGGAAGUGCACGACGGCUUCGAGCUCACGUCUUUCGCGUUGAUGUGUUCAAAUAACGGCGUCAAGUUUGCGUGGCUCGAUGCUGGAGUUCACGUGCCCAUCAUAUCGAACGUGUGGAAGUUAUUCAAGGCCCGCGCUCGAGACCAUCAUAGUGCGCUCGUGCUUAUGCGCGAUGAAAACGCGCUUGAUCACGUGCAUCGAGCGUCAUUAUCGUUCGCUUGCUUGAGUGCUGGAUUCUCGACGAUUGCUCCAGUGAUCACUGCGUUUGCGCCGUGGUGCUUACGACGAAGUGGCCCGGAUACGUUUGCUAUCUCGUGCAUAGUCGGAUUCAUCACCGCAUGCGUGACGUUCAAAUACGCGAUUGGGUUCUACAAGAGCGCGUCCAUAUCGGAUUUGUCUCAAGGCGUCGUGUCGGGGGCAAUCUAUUACAACGUGCUCUUUGUGUUGACAAUCGUGCUCACGCCGGUGUUCAGCGUGUUCGAGUUCAUCGCUCUUUGCACGUCCAUCUUCUACAGCCCCGAGCAUUUUGGCGCUGAAUCGAAAAAAAUACGACGACCGACGGUGAGCAUUCUGAAAACUGACGACGACGAGGACUUUGACUGGCUCGAGCGCGGAGAUCGUUCCAAGUUUCAAGAAAAGGAGGUUUUGCUUCCUCCAGAGGCCGGAGCAAAGCGCUGGUCGCGCCGCACAGCAUCUCAGCGCAGUAGCAGUAGGUAA